AUGUCUCGUACGCUCCUUCUGCCAUUAGGCAUUCAGUCAGAAGCACGGCGGAUGUUUGUCGUGCUUUUGGUCUACGCCAGCCUCCUCACCGUAUCUGGAAUUGUCUACAUCUCCUUUCAGAAAUUGUCUGGAAUAGCGGAUUACCUUCGUCUGUCUACAUCGAGUGAUGAUACUUCGUUCUUGUCGAGUGCGGCGUGGACACCACUUAGCUUGAGCACUUGUACCUUCGGAAUGUCCGCUCAUUAUGCACCUUGCGUGCCGCGAAGAUUACCGAAAGACACUCUUUAUUCAGAGGAGCUAUUGUGUCCUGCCUUUGAAAUUUGCCAGCCUUACUUUGCAACUGAAGAGCACAGGGAGCGUUGGAAAAGCAUGGCGGCGGGUAUCAAAGAACGUGGAAUGUUACAGGAUAACGGUUGGAUGGUGUAUAUAAAGGACAGUCGGGCCAGAAUUUCCGUCUCUUUCAAACAUUCAGUUGCAGGAUAUGAUCGCUGGACGGCCGACGCCUGUAUGGGAGGGCUUGUCUCGUUGGAACAACUUCAACCCUUCAAUGCGACCGAAGUACUUUGGAACAACAACCCAACAAAGAUCCAUCCCAAUGCCAUAAUUGCUCUUUCACUUGAUUCAUAUUCUUUCCAAUGCCAUCUUGAUCGUAUGACGCACAUCCUCACCCAAGGCGCACACCUCACCCUUCGUAGUGAAGUUCCAUAUGUAAUAAUGGGUCGACGUGGGAACGAUUUCGUCCAGCAACUCUGGGAACGGCUGGGAUUUGACGAAGAACACGUAUUACACAGUGCGACAGAUGAUAUUAUGCGAACAGGAUGA